AAGUCUUAUUAAUCAUCUCAACCUUUCAAAAUCUUAAUUUAUUGUACAUAUUCAUAUCAUCGAAAUGGUUGCUACAUUAAUACGUGACAGUUUUUUAGGUAGAUUAACAUACCAACUUUCUGGUCAUAAAUUCUUUACUUAUCCGGAAGAGCAACCAGAUUAUAUCAUACCUGAAAAAUACUUAAGUGAAGGGAAAGCUGAAAACUUUGAUAAGGUAGAAAUAGAAAAUGAAUCGUCGGAUGUUUCCGUAGAUACAGAUGAUACCAAAACUGCAAAUGGUGAUAUAAUAGUUACAUGGGAUAGUGAUGAUGAUCCAGAAAACCCACAAAACUGGUCCAUAUAUAAAAAGACAUUAGUUAUCAUCCAAGUUUCAUUUUUAACUACCUCGGUCUAUAUGGGUUCUGCCGUGUAUACACCGGGUGUGGAAGCUCUUAUGGAAGAGUUUAACAUUUCUUCUGUGAUUGCUACUUUGCCAUUAACCCUUUUCGUUCUUGGUUACGCUGUUGGUCCCUUAGUUUUUAGUCCUCUUUCUGAAAACGCUGCAUUCGGAAGAAACUCCAUCUAUAUCUACACAUUAGCAUUAUUUGUCAUUUUACAAGUUCCAACCGCCUUAGUCCAUAAUAUAGCUGGGUUGUGUGUCUUGAGAUUCUUGGCUGGGGUUUUUGCUUCUCCAUGUUUAGCCACUGGUGGUGCUACUGUUGCUGAUGUCUUGACACCUCCUUACAUUCCAGUUGGUUUAGCCUCCUGGGCCUUGGGUGCUGUUUGUGGUCCUUCAUUUGGUCCAUUCUUUGGUUCUAUCUUAGUUGUUAAAGGUGGUUGGAGAUGGACUUUCUGGUUCAUGUGUGUUCUUUCAGGCUUCUGUCUUUUUUUCUUGUCUUGGUCCUUCCCAGAAACUUAUGGUAAGACCUUGUUAUACCGUAAGGCUAUCAGAUUGAGAGGUAUUACUGGUAAUCAAAGAAUUACUAGUGAAGGUGAACUUGAAAACAAAAGUAAGACUACCAAUGAAAUUAUCGUUGAAACCUUAUGGAGACCGAUUGAAGUUUUCAUCAAGGAACCAGUUGUCCUUAUGAUCAACAUAUACAUUGCUUUGGUUUACAGUAUCUUCUACCUUUUCUUUGAAGUCUAUCCUAUUUUCUUUCAAGAAAUUAGAGGAUUCACUUUGAUUGAAUUAGGAUGUACUUAUUUCGCCACUGUCAUUGGUAUCGUCAUUGCUGCUGCCAUCUAUAUUCCAGUUGUUCGUCAAAUUUACACAAAGAGGAUCGUCAAUGGUGGUAGUGUCCAACCAGAAGUAUUCAUGCCGAUUGCUAUUUUCGGGGCUGUCUGUAUGCCUAUCGGAUUAUUCAUAUUCGGUUGGUCCGCAACUAGACACACUCAUUGGAUCGGUCCACUUAUCGGUGGUGCCAUUUUCUCCGCUGGUGGGUUCUUGAUUUUCCAAACUUUGUUCUGUUUCAUUGCUGGCUCAUUCACCUAUGUUGGCUCCAUCUUUGCCAGUAACAACUUGUUCAGAUCAACCACUGCUGGUUGUUUCCCAUUAUUUGGUAGACCAUUAUACGACAACUUGGCCACCAAGGAAUUUCCGGUGGCUUGGGGUACUUCUAUCUUGGCAUUCCUCGCUCUUGCCAUGAUUGCUAUUCCUGUAUUAUUCUACUUGAAUGGACCUAAAUUAAGGGCUAGAUCAAAGUAUGCUUUACAGCAUUAGAUUUUUGUUUUGCAUUUUGGGUAUGUUUAUUUAUACGUUUUUAUAUAGAUUAAUAACUAAUUUAUUACAUUUUAUCAUAAUAUUUUCUAUAUAUUGUCAUACAGAUCCACCUGCUCCAUGAUUACCUACUAAUCCAGCCAUCUCCAAGAACGCCCGCUCUUCUCCCAAACUUCUAAUAUUCACACUCUGUCUAGCUUCAGCCUGUUGUUUCUCCCAUUCCCAUUCUCUCUGUUGUUCAGCCAACUCGCGAGAGCUACCAACCCCCCAAACUUCUAAAUCGGUGAUUAUAAAUCUAUCUUCAUAUUGUUCAUUUCUGAUCGUUUCUUGAACUGACCUCUCAAAGAAAGCUUGCACCUGGGGAGAAGACGAUUGGAGAACGUGUCUGAAAACAGCAAACUCCAAGUUAGCUUCAAUAGUAAGUGAAACAUCCCCUGGGAAAUAUUUCCUCGUUCCAUUCUUAUUCAAUGGCUGGGAAUUGCCAAAUCCGAUCCCCAUUCCUAGAUUAUUAAAAUAAAUCAGUUUGCCCUGAAUCACUGAACUAUGGAUACUGGUGAAUUUGUCAGCAUGCGGUUGUAUGGACAAGAUGGUUGUGUUUUCAUCACCGAAAUUUACCUUGUUUGAGUUUUUCCAUGGAGAAUUUAUAUAUACAGCAUAUGUGACUCUCUCGCCGUCAUUUUGCCACAGUUUUAGUGUUUGUUCCAGGGUGAGAAAAUAUCGAGGGUAUUCAUGAUCAAAAGCCUGGUAUCGUUUGUUGGUGGUUAUGAUUUUCGAUUUGAGUCGCUUUCCCGAGAUUAUGAAUAGUGUAGGAGCUUGCCAUUUAAAGAUUUUUGAUUCUAAAGAACGAAUUGAAAAUCCUGACUCAGAACCAGCGUAUAACUUUACAAUGUUUUGGGGAGAGAUUGAUCGGGAAAGAAGCAGGGAUAUAUAUGCCAAAAAUGCUGCGUUUACAAGUUUGGAUUCAAUGAAUUCAGGGAACUUGUGUCUGGAUGCUGAGGGUGGUGGAGUCAUUGGUUCAAUAUGAGGAAUAUCCGUAUGUGGUGGUUUCUGGGUUCGUGCAUUAGUGGAUAUUAUACUAUUUGUCAUUAAACUGAGUAAUUUUUUCUGAAUAAAAUCAGGAGCCAAAUCGUUUAUAGUUUGGAAUUGUUCAAACGUGAUUGAAUGGUCUUUUUUGAUGUUCAAAUUUAGAAAUGUUGAUAUGUAUGUUGAGUAAACCAGAAAUUGGCUCCAUUUUUCAAGAAUUGUCUCUAUUUGCACAUCCAAGGUUUGUUUAUUUAUGGAACUUUGAAUAAGUAGUAGUGUGAGUAUCAAUUGUAAGCGCUUUGCACAUAAUUUAGGAGUUGCAAGGUCUAGUUGGGUUGACGGCAAUUUUGUCCAAUUGAUCUUCUUUGCUUUCAAUUCAGGAGGAUCUUCAGGUUGGGAUGGCAACAACAUAUCAACUGAUAUUUUCUCAUCCUCCUUCGGUUCCUCAUCUGGCACCUUCUCUGAUUUUUCUUCUACUUGUACUUGUGCCUUGGGUAAUGCCAACGAU